UUGCAGCCCGAGCUGACCCUCAGCCUCCACCAUGGCCGAAACCCCAACCUUCCUCCGCUCAGCGAAAGGAAGAAUGGGAGAAUGCCAUUCUGCAGGACUCUGUUCUACUUAAACCAUGAGCAGCUGCUUCAUGCAAGAAAGAUUCACAUCCUUUCACAAUAGCUGAUGGUUCUUGUGCUGCAGUUGAAGCUUCAGCAGCGACGCACACGGGAGGAGCUGGUGAGCCAAGGGAUCAUGCCGCCUCUGAAAAGUCCAGCUGCAUUUCAUGAACAAAGAAGGAGUUUGGAACGGGCCAGGACAGAGGACUAUCUGAAACGGAAAAUCCGGUCCCGGCCAGAGAGAUCGGAGCUGGUUAGGAUGCACAUUCUGGAAGAGACCUCAGCUGAACCCUCCUUGCAGGCUAAGCAGCUGAAGCUAAAGAGAGCCAGGCUAGCAGAUGACCUCAAUGAGAAGAUAGCACAGAGGCCAGGUCCCAUGGAGCUGGUGGAGAAGAACAUCUUGCCUGUGGAAUCCAGCCUGAAGGAAGCUAUUAUAGUUGGACAGGUCAACUACCCAAAGGUUGCAGACAAUUCCUCCUUCGACGAGGACAGCAGUGAUGCCCUCUCCCCAGAACAGCCAGCCAGCCAUGAGUCCCAGGGGUCUGUCCCAUCGCCGAUGGACUCACGGAUUUGUGACCCUCUCCCUACCACCACUGGCACAUCACUAGCUCAGGGUACAUCCCAAUUGCAGAUUAGUGCAGACUGCAAUGAAACACUUUUCCUACCUGAACAGCCGCCUCCGCCUCUGCCACCUCCACCUCUUCUGCCUCCCAGUCUUACCAAUGGAGCAGGUCUUCCUGCUGCCAAGCCCCCACCGACGCUCAUUAAGCAAAGCCAGCCCAAGUCUGCUAGUGAGAAGUCUCAGCGCAGUAAGAAAGCCAAGGAGCUGAAGCCGAAAGUCAAGAAGCUUAAAUAUCAUCAGUAUAUUCCCCCGGACCAAAAGCAGGACAAAGGAGCUCCUCCCAUGGAUUCAUCCUAUGCCAAAAUACUGCAGCAGCAGCAACUCUUUCUCCAGCUUCAGAUCCUCAACCAGCAACAGCAGCAGCACUACAACUAUCAGACCAUCCUGCCAGCUCCACCAAAGCCUCCAGGAGAGCAGCAGACUGGUGCCAGUGCCCCAGCCAUACGCAGUCUCUCUGCUGCAGUCAAUAGCACAUCUUCGGUAUCCUCUGGUUCCGGUGGGCUGAUGCGACAAAACAGUAAUGCUGCAGUGGGCAAGCCAGGCCCUCUCCCUGCCAACCUGGAUGAGAUGAAGGUGGCAGAGCUGAAGCAAGAGCUGAAGCUGAGGGCCUUGCCUGUCUCGGGCACAAAGACAGAACUGAUUGAGCGGCUCAGAGCUUACCAAGAGCAGAACGGCACAGCCAGCCAAACAACCUCCACUCCCAAGCCCAGCACUGCAGCCAUUCUCCCCAAAGCUGCUGAGGUAGUGGUUGCUUUCCCAGCUGCCAGGCUGAGCACGGGGCCAGCCCUGGUCACCACUGGCAUCGCACCAGCAGAAGUAGUUGUGGCCACAGUCACUGGUGGUGGUGUGAUGAAGUUUGGCAGCACUGGCUCGACUCCACCUGUUUCUCCCACUCCUUCGGAACGCUCACAAAUGAGCACAGGGGAUGAGAAUUCAGCCACUGGGGACACCUUUGGGGAGAUGGUGACUUCGCCUCUGACCCAACUCACCCUGCAAGCGUCUCCAGUGCAGUUUCUGGUGAAGGAAGAGAGCUCCAAGUCUGCCUCCUGCAGCGUCAGCGCGGCACCCAGGUCGGAGCGGUGCAGCACCGGGAACAGCAGGGAUGCAGAAGUUAGGGACAAAGAUCAGAUGCUGCAGGAAAAGGACAAACAGAUCGAGGAGCUCACCCGCAUGCUGAAGCAGAAGCAGCAGUUGGUUGAGAUGCUCAGACUACAGCUGGAGCAGGAGAAACGCGCUCAGCAGUCGCUACCAGCCCCGGCGGCUGCGGGAGAAGGAACAGCUCUCGCCUCCAACCCAGUAGCAUUUGGUAUCCAGGUCAAGAGUGAAAACGGUUUCCCGAGCUGCCAGUAUGCAAAGCAAUCCAGUGGCCAAACCGACCAAUUCAACCCCACACCAACCUCUAGCCAAAUGGACACUUCGAACCCAAGCCCAGUGCCAAAGAAAGCCGUGAUGGUGAAGCAGGAGGUGCCAGCCACGGAAGCAGAGCCGCCGUGCCAGUCCCACAGCCCGCGGCUGUUCCUUGGCCAGCAAGGGAGCGCCCUGAUCAAGGGCACUCCUCCUCCAACCCUCAUCACCGACUCCACAGGGACCCACAUCGUCCUCACCGUGACCAAGCAGAGCGCCGAGAGGCAGGGCCUCUCACCCCAGGGGAAGGCAGUGAGCAGCUGCCCGACCCCACAGAGAGUACAAUCAUCGCCCACUAAAACUUCCAGCCAACUGCAGUGUCAGCCACCUGCAAGCACUCCUCAGCCUCCCACACCACAGCAGCAGCAGCCCAGAGGCCUGAACCAACCUGUCAGAAAGCCCUCAUCCCAGCCCAGCUCUCCUGCUGCCCCCUCCCCUUCCCAGAUGGACCUGGAGCAACAACAGCAGCAGCAGCAGCAGCAGCAGAAGCAGCAGAAGCAGCAGAAGCAGCAGCAUACAUCGCUUUUUGGACCUCCUCCACCACCUCUCCCUGUCCCCUCAGUCCCACUGAAACAGCCACCAGGCUAUGAAGAGGCCAUGAAGCAGCAGCCAAAGACCCAGGAGAAUGGCUGUUCCAGCCAGCAGAUGGAUGACUUGUUUGACAUUCUCAUAGAAAGUGGAGAGAUUUCUGCUGACUUCAAGGAUCAGUCAUCCCCAGCUGGAAAAGAACCACCUGCAGCCCCUGCCUGCUCCUCACCGCCCAGCAGCCACCAUUCCUCAGAGCUGGCGGUGCCGGUGUCGCUGGGGCAGACGGUGCCCGUGGGGCGGCUGGAGGACUUCCUGGAGAGCAGCACCGGCCUCCCGCUGCUGACGGCAGGCCACGAUGGGCCUGAGCCCCUGUCCUUGAUCGAUGACCUCCACAGUGAGAUGCUGAGCAGCUCGGCCAUCCUGGACCACCCGCCUUCACCCAUGGACACCUCGGAAUUGCACUUUGCUCACGAGCCGGCCGGGGGCAUAGCCUUGGAUCUGGCUGAGGCUAACUUGGACAGCAUGGACUGGCUGGAGUUGCCGGGGGGAUCUGUCAUGAGCCUGGCCCCCCUCAGCACCACGGCUCCCAGCCUCUUUUCCACAGACUUCCUUGAUGGACAUGAUCUGCAGCUGCACUGGGAUUCGUGCUUGUAACUCUGUGAGCAGAGACUGAAGGGAAUGGGUGCGGGAGGGCACGGGCAUGCAGGGGGAAGAGGCCAGUCAACCAAAAGAAACCCCAGAAACAAAAGAAAGA